AUGCUCUAAAAAAUUUUAUAAAUUGUUAAUCAAGCUAAAGUGUCUGCCAAUAAAGUGACAUAAUAAUUGAAGAAUGAAAAAAUCUACAUCAAUCAAAUGAAUAAUGCUAAAGAUCCAACUAAACCAAGUUUUGAUCAUUUGUCUAAUUUCAAAGAAUAUUCUAAUAGUACUAAUCAAUCUAAAUUCUAGUUCUAAAAGAUGUAUAUCUAAGUGAUCCAAUGAAAAAACUUAAGGGAUUUGCAAAAAAAGAAAAAGGUAUAUUCUUAAAUUUGAUUCCUAGACUUAUACAUUAAUUAAUUGUAAAAAACCUUCCCUAAAGAAACAUUACAACAAUAUAAUCUAAAACUAUAAAGUUCUUUCAAGAGUUUAAAAAACAGUACUUUUUGGAAAUCAUCUUCUAAUAAUUAAUCAUCAUAUAAAUAAUAAUAAUAAACUAAUUAAACAUAAACUAAUUAUACAAACUAAUAUAAAUAAUAGAAUUAAAAUCAAUCUAAAUAAGAUGGAUCAACACAAAACUUUUGGAAUAAAUAUUUUAAUAAAUUUUAAUAAGAUGCUUCUAAUCUUAAUAAUUAAUAUUCAUAAAAUUUCAAUCAAUAGAAACAUAAGUUUACUAAUUUUAAAGAUGCUUAAAAAGCAAGUUUUACUUUCAUUUAUAAAAAUAUUUUAUCAAAAGCUAAAAUUAUAGGGUAAGUGUCUUUUAAAUAUAUCCUUAUGGGAAUAUUUGUUCUUGGAAUUGCAUAUUCUAUUCCAAAAUCAAUUUCAACAUAUUUUGCUACUAAAGCCACUGUGACUGCUUAAUUAUAAUAUGAUAAUUUAUUAAAAGAAAAUGAAAUUUUAAAGAUGAAUUUAAAACAAGCUGAAGAAUACUUAUAGACACUUUAAUAAUAGACAACAAGAGUAACUAAAAAUAUUUGA